UGACAUGGAGGAAGACAGACAAUUUGCAAGAAUGUUUUGAGAGUGUUUUCGGACGAUUUCUUCUUUGAUAUUUCUUUAAAAUGCCAUAAUAUUGACAAUCUGACGCGUUGCUUAUAGACAACUUUAAAUGAAUUAGAAUGUUCAGAAUGUAUUCAAUCAGAAAGUGGCUUUAUAAGCCCAAGAAAAACGAUCCUUCCCUUUUGGCGCAGUUCUUCUACGCUGACGAAGACUUGAAUGUGAUUGCCACGGAGUUGGACAGCUUCGAUGGUCGUAAGGAUCCUGAGCGAUGUACAGCGCUGGUGAACCAGCUGAGAGCUUGUCAGGAUAAGGUGCUCAAUAACAUCCAAGUGAUCAUGGAAGAUGCCAUCCCGAACCAGCGAGCAAACCGCGAUUUCAGGGUCAAGUUUCCCGAUGAUGUGGUCCAUGAGAAUCUCUCUGGGCAGCUCUGGUUUGGUGCUGAGUGUCUGGCAGCUGGUUCGAGCAUCAUGAACCAUGAGAUUGAGAGCGCCAGCAUGCGCCCCCUAGCGAGAGCUCUCACGAGAACACUCGACAAUCUGCGCAGUAUGAUCCGUGACCAGUGUCUCAGGAAUAGCAGCCAAUACACAGAAAAGAUUAAGGAUGCGUUGACAAUGUUUGAUCAGCUGUUUGCAGAAUUUGAACUGAGUUAUGUGAGUGCGAUGGUUCCCGUGAAGUCCAUGAGAGAGUAUGAUGCCAUGCAGGAUGUGAUUGUGCUGUUUUCAGAGACAGUUCACAGGGCCCUCAAGAAUAAUCUCAUCAGUCAGGAGAUGAUAGAUGAUUAUGACCCUGCUCUCAUGUUCACAAUCCCCAGGCUGGCUAUCGUAUGUGGUCUGCUGAUCUAUGGGGAAGGCCCUCUCAACCCAGACAAUGACUCCGAGGCACUCACAGAGAUGUUCAGGCCAUUCCAGACCCUAUUGUUCAAAAUAAGGCAACUGCUGCUGACGCUAUCUGAGGAGGAACUGGUGAUGCUGGAGAGAGCUUUGUGUAGUCAGCACGAUGCAGAGCCAGGUCAACCGAGGAGGGACGCUAAAGACGGUGAUGUCAAACAGAAACACAGUGUGGAGGAAGACGACUCCGAUGCAUUCAGCGGCAGAAUGAGCCAAUCAACAUCUGCAAAUACAAUCAUGGGAAACCCUGAUUAUGUGUUGGACGGUAACGACACCUGGCCUAUAAAGCACCAGGAUAGCCGCGAUUCUGGCAUCUGUGAUCAGCGUGCUGUGUCACAUGAGAGUUUACCGCCUAGCGACUUGACGCUAGCGACUCUUUCAUCAGGCGGUGAAAGUACCGAGGAGAAGUGCUCAAGUGUUUGUGAUGUUCGUCUCGUGCCACAACACACAGAUUAUAAAUCAGAAGGUGCUCGCUUUUCACCCGAUUGUAAUCGUAUCUCACCGAUUGAGGAGCUGAUGUCGGAGAGUAUGAGUAGCAAGUGUUCCGGAUCGGUGAGUUUGGGGGACGACUUGGAGGAGGAGAAUGAUUUGAACCCUGUGAUCAGUGAUGCCGAUGAUGCAGACACAAAAUUGGAGAUUGAAUAUUCAGCAGGAAAUGACAAUGAAAGAUCAAGUGAAAUUACCGGCCAUGAGAUUGUAGUUGAAAGUGACCAGGUUUUGAUGCCUGUGUUAGACUUACAUGGUGCGUGUUCAGACCGGGAAUCACACGGUGCGUGUUUAGAUUUGCGUGAUAGUAACUUGUUACAGGUGGAGGACGCAGGCUCAUCAGCCUGUGGUAGUACAAACACCUCACCAAGUAAAUCCAUCUAUUCUGAAGUAGCAAGUGAAUCGGACACUUAUUUCGACGCAUCAGAAGUGCCAGCGACGGCUUCAGAUGAUUUGGAUACAAGUCUUCAUCAGAGGAAUCAUAACAUGGAGGAUAACGUUCCUGAGAUGAAAUGUGAUAAUACUUGUGGCGAUACAUCUGCCGCCAGGUCUGAUGCUCGAAGUCAGAAUGAGGCUGCACUGAAUCAGGCACCAUCACCGUUACGGAUGAACGUCAAUCACUUUGAGAAUCCUGAACCGUCGGACAAGACUUGCACAGGUGUUAUGCCAAAACUGAAAAGUUCAAAAAGUCAUCGUGGUUUACUGCGGUCUUCAAAGGAGAGUUUUUAUCGGCGUCGGGUACGUGAUCUUGUAGGACACCGAGAGGAUCGCUAUCGGCCAUCGGGCGUCAAAUUCACAGAGAGCGUGAGUUCAUCUUGUUCAACUUGUGCCAGCGAUAGUGAUCUGGAUCAUGAGAGCUGUGACAGCAGCGACACCAGCUCGUAUAACUCGGACUGUCACGAUGACGAGGAGAUAGCUCUGGCGAUACAGGCUGCAGAGGUUGCCUCCAGGAAUGAAGCGCGGUCGAGGUUCAGGAGCAGCAGUGAUCUUAUCCACAGAUUGUUUGUUUGUGUGUCUGGUGUUGCUGAUCAGCUGCAAACUAACUACGCGAGUGAUCUGCGCAACAUCCUACGGAGUGUGUUUGAGAUACAUAGCUCAGAACCUAUCACCCAUAGUGACCAGCCAAGGAAGGGGCCUCCUGCUUCAAUACGAAGAGGCCCCAUUACAUCAAUGGAGCCUCCAAUGUGGGUGCCAGACAGUGACUCUCUUCUCUGUACAUCAUGCAAGAUGCCAUUCACUCUAGUCAGGCGUAGACACCACUGUAGGAACUGUGGGAAGAUUUUCUGCUCCCGCUGUUCGCCCAACUUGGUCCCAUUACCUCAUUUCGGCCACACCAAGCCAGUGCGUGUAUGCAAUCGUUGUUUUAUGUUUCAAGUGACUCCUUUCACUGUGAAUGCCACGUCAUAGCCCAACACUUGUUUUGAAGAUGCAUUCGUUAUCAGCUUUCUACCGUGUGCCGAUAUCGUGCUUUAACUGGACAUGUCAGAUUCCUCGCGAACAAUUCUGGUAUCCUUCGGCAACAUUCGUUGCUGCUUUCUCCCAUUUUGGGAGCAACUUACAAACAGAGCGUCACGUCACAGUCAAGACCUUGUCCACCUCAAUACCAAAUUCAAUACAAUGUGAUGUAAAUUCUUUAUAAUGUGUAACAGUCUCAAAGUGUGUACAUUCAUUCCCCAGCAUACUGUAGAAACCAUGGAGUGUACAGACCACACUACAGACAUCAUAUGGGCAGUGCUGUGAUGAGACAUCAUAUGGGCAGUGCUGUGAUGAAACAUCAUAUGGGCAUUGCUGUGAUGAGACAUCAUAUGGGCAGUGCUGUGAUGAGACAUCAUAUGGGCAGUGCUGUGAUGAGACAUCAUAUGGGCAGUGCUGUGAUGAGACAUCAUAUGGGCAGUGCUGUGAUGAGACAUCAUAUGGGCAGUGCUGUGAUGAGACAUCAUAUGGGCAGUGCUGUGAUGAGACAUCAUAUGGGCAGUGCUGUGAUGAGACAUCAUAUGGGCAGUGCUGUGAUGAGACAUCAUAUGGGCAGUGCUGUGAUGAGACAUCAUAUGGGCAGUGCUGUGAUGAGACAUCAUAUGGGCAGUGCUGUGAUGAGACAUCAUAUGGGCAGUGCUGUGAUGAGACAUCAUAUGGGCAGUGCUGUGAUGAGACAUCAUAUGGGCAGUGCUGUGAUGAGACAUCAUAUGGGCAGUGCUGUGAUGAGACAUCAUAUGGGCAGUGCUUUGAUGAAACAUCAUAUGGGCAGUGCUGUGAUGAGACAUCAUAUGGGCAGUGCUUUGAUGAAACAUCAUAUGGGCAGUGCUGUGAUGAGACAUCAUAUGGGCAGUGCUGUGAUGAGACAUCAUAUGGGCAGUGCUGUGAUGAGACAUCAUAUGGGCAGUGCUUUGAUGAAACAUCAUAUGGGCAGUGCUGUGAUGAGACAUCAUAUGGGCAGUGCUUUGAUGAAACAUCAUAUGGGCAGUGCUGUGAUGAGACAUCAUAUGGGCAGUGCUGUGAUGAGACAUCAUAUGGGCAGUGCUGUGAUGAGACAUCAUAUGGAUAGUGCUGUGGGGUGAUGAACUUCAAAAUCUUGGAGAUGUUACAUUGUGAUGAAACUCUUUUAAUUUCAAAAUUGGCUGUGGUAGAUUUUUUUUUAAUCUCUGAGGGAGAAUGCCAACUAGAACCUUUAGUAUUUUUAUUUGAGGCAUUAUAUUUUUGUGACAAAACAGUUGUUUAUCAAUAUUCAGUUUUAAGGUGUCUUUUAACCUAUAUAAAUACUUUGUUUCAUGUAUAUAUUGUUUCCAUGCCAAACUGUAUAUUGGGAAUGAAUCAAGUGUGAAUUGUCCAAGCACAAAUCUUACAACAUUUUGUGUUAUAGUAUUACAAAGUAAAUUCAUAAAAAGUCUCAUCUAAGGAAGAGUUAGAGAUACUGUACUAAUUACUGAAUUUAUUAUUUAUAUGAAUCAUGUGUCAUCAGAGAUGGUAAACAUCACGUGAGAUCAGCCGUGCUGAUAAGAGCACUUCUGUGUUGGACCUUAGGGAUCAUUCUCCAAGUUCACAUCUGACUCUGAGGGGGCGGGGCAUUUUGAAGUGAAAGUAUAUGCCUGCACAUUUUUAGUACAAUGUGUUUGCGCAUGUGGGAGGUGUGUGAAAAUCUGACAAGUGUUGCAAUGUUCUAAACUCUGCCUCGGUCAGUGAGAGUGAGCUGCAGGUUUCAGGCAUUUGUUGAUUGAGAUUAUGAUCUCACGACUCGCAUUAAUACUGGUGUAGGCAAACUUAUCUUAAUACAAUUGGCUUGUGUGCAAUUGCUGGUAAGAUAUAGUUGAGGAUUCCUAUAAAAUGGUUGAAAAAACUCCCUCAAGAUUGCUUGAAAUCGGCUCCUUUUCCAGUAGUGAGCAUUGUUUUUCACAUCAAGCAACUUUACUCAUGAAAAGACACAACUUUCAUUUCACUGUGAUAUUCAUGCUGGUUGUUGGGAUUUUAGAUGCUAAUGUUAUUAACUCAUCACAGAUGUACAUGUAUUGCAGGCGUACAUGUACAUGUAUUGCAGGCGUACAUGUAUUGCAGGCGUACAUGUACAUGUAUUGCAGGCGUACAUGUACAUGUAUUGCAGGCGUACAUGUAUUGCAGGCGUACAUGUACAUGUAUUGCAGGCGUACAUGUAUUGCAGGCGUACAUGUAUU